UUCCCAGACUGAGUCUAUGAAGACGCUUGUGAUCAGAGCCCUCGCUGACACCACACUGGAAGGAGAUGAGCACUUCACUGUCCGUCUGUUUCCUGCUGGCAGUGGGGCUGUCAUCGACCCCUUAAAUGGCAUCGCCACCAUCACUAUCCGGGCGGACAAAGCUGCGCUGGGGAUCAUUGGGAUAGAAGAGGCCUCCAGGAACAUCCUCAUUGGAGAACCUCAGGGAGAUUACAACGGCAGUGCAGUGGUCAGCCUGGUGCGGGGUCCAGGUGUGUUUGGAGAGGUCCUGGUGUACUGGAACAUCACUCCUGCUGCAAUCUCUCAGUUUGAAGAGAUCUCUGGCACUGUGACUAUGAGAGACAGACAGUCUGCUGCCACCAUUACCCUGAAGGCUCUGGAUGAUGAACUUCCUGAAGAGAGGCGUGAGUUCCAGCUCACUUUGACCUCCGCCACCUCGGGCCUGGAGAUCAGUCCCAUAGCAAAACACGCCAGGAUUAUAAUGGCCGCCAGCGACAACCCCUAUGGCCGGUUCUCCUUCACCCAGCACCAGAUCAUGGCGUCCGAGGAGGAGGGAAUG